GGCAGCUGCGAGUGGUGGGGAGAAGGCACUUCCUGGCUGGUGGCCGGCCUCAGAGCAGGUGUCAGGAUGUUGGGCUGGGUCCAGAGGGUGCUGCCUCAGCCCCCAGGGACCCCUCAGAAGACCAGGAUGGAGGAGGGGAAGGGGGCGGAACCAGAGCCGGAGCCCGACCUGGAGGCGGAGCUGGAACCAGCGCCAGAGCCUAACACAGCCCCCCAGGCGGCCAAGCUAGAAGGCGAGUCGCUGCCACCCGAGGAGCCCUUGGAAGGGGAGGAAGGAGCUGUGGCUGCCCCCGGGCCUCAGGUGUGGGGGCCUCUUUUUCCAGAGACCCAGAAAGCCGCCUCUACUCUGCCCUCAUCCCUCCAGGCCCAGCUUGCUGUGGAUCCCCGAGUGAACAGUCCCAGCGCCUGGGUGCUGACCUGGCUGAGGAAGGGCGUGGUGAAGGUCAUCCCGCAGCCCGUCCAUAGCAUUGCGGCCGGCUUCGAGGGCCCCGAUCAGGCAGGAGCUCAGAUCCUUGGGCACUGCAGCACUGGGGCCUCAGAUGGAUCCAACGAGGCCUCCAGGGCAAAGGACACUGGGCCUGUGCCCUGGCUGCUCAGGUGGUUUGAGCAGAACCUGGAGAAAGUGCUGCCUCAGCCUCCAAAAACCUCCGAGGGCUGCAGAGACCAGCCUGCAGACGCUGCCUUGGGCCCAGAGCCCCCAGGGUGCCCCUUGGAAGCAGAGCCCGUGCUGCAGGCCCCGGAGAGUCCCCCCCUGCCCACUCCUGGCCCCCCGGAGCCCGAGGAGGAGCCCGAGGAGCAGCCCGAGGAGGAGCCCACUCCAGAGCCCCAGCCCGGCUUCCGGGCUUCCUCCCUGCCACCCCCCGGGGACACUGCCAGGUUGGUGGCGUGGCUCCUGCAUAGACUGCAGAUGGCUCUGCCACAGCCCGUGCUCCGUGGGAAGGCUGGGGAGCAGGAGCCUGGCGCCCCUGGGACGUGUGAGGUGCAGACCAUCAGCAUCCUCCCUGGAGGCCAAGAGGAGCCCGAUGAUCUCAUCCUAGAAGAGGUCGACCCUCACUGGGAGGAGGACCAGGCUCAGGAUGGCAGCGCCAGCCCGCAGGGUGCAGAGGUGGUGGUGUCAGCUUAUGCGGAGGAGAAUGAGGCCGGGGAAGAGAUGUCCAGGGAGUUUUCCUGGAUUCAAGAGGACAAAGAAGAUGAUGAGGAGGAGGAGCCUGACGUCCUGCUGGAUAGCUGUCUGGUGGCAGAGGCCGGCGCAGACCCGGGCGGAGUAGACAGGACGGUCACCCAGAGGGCCUCCUGCCAGGAAGAAGCCGCAGCCGCCAGCUCAGUAGUGCCUGCCACAGAAAAGCACCCGGAAGUGCAGGUGGAAGACACUGAUGCUGACAGCCACCCCCUCAUCGCGGAGGACAAGCCACCCUCACCCGAGCGGCUGCCACCGUCUCCUGCCAAGUCCGACACCCUCACAGUCCCGGGAUCGGCCGCAGGGACCCGCAGGAAGAGGCUGUCCUCCCAGGAUGAGGAAGCGGAAGAGAUCAAGGAACUGUCGCCGGCUGAGACCCCUGUGGUCGCCUGGUCCGACCCCCCCACCCCGCAGGGCACCGACGACCAGGACCGGGCGUCCUCCUCCGCCAGCCAGAACAGCGCCGUCAUCAACGAGCGGCUGCAGGAGCUGGUGAAGCUCUUCAAGGAGCGGACGGAGAAGGUGAAGGAGAAGCUCAUUGACCCGGACGUCACCUCGGACGAGGAGAGCCCCAAGCCCUCUCCCGCCAAGCAAGCCCCGGAGCCGGCCGCGGGCCCUACACCCGCUGGGGAGGCGCAGGCGGAGGAGGAGCACUACUGCGACAUGCUCUGCUGCAAGUUCAAGCGCCGGCCCUGGCGGAAGUACCAGUUCCCCCGGAGCAUCGACCCACUGACCAACCUGAUGUACAUCCUGUGGCUGCUCUUCGUGGUGUUGGCCUGGAACUGGAACUGCUGGCUGAUCCCUGUGCGCUGGGCCUUCCCCUACCAGACGCCGGGCAACCUCUACUUCUGGCUGCUGAUGGAUUACCUGUGCGACCUCAUCUACUUCCUGGACAUCACCGUGUUCCAGAUGCGCCUGCAGUUUGUCAGGGGCGGGGACAUCAUUACAGACAAAAAGGAGAUGCGCAACAACUACCUGAAGUCUCCCCGCUUUAAGAUGGACCUGCUGUGCCUGCUGCCCUUGGACUUGCUCUACCUGAAGUUUGGCGUGAACCCCCUCCUGCGGCUGCCCCGCUGUCUGAAGUACAUGGCCUUCUUCGAGUUCAACAACCGCCUGGAAUCCAUCCUCAGCAAAGCCUACGUUUACAGGGUUAUCAGGACCACCGCCUACCUGCUCUACAGCUUGCACCUGAACUCGUGCCUGUAUUACUGGGCAUCGGCCUAUCAGGGCAUUGGCUCCACCCACUGGGUGUACGAUGGCGUGGGAAACAAUUAUUUUCGUUGCUACUUCCUAACUGUAAUGUUGCUACUUAAACGUGCCCGUGUCCCACAUCCCCAAAGCCCAUGGAACGGCCCCGUUCUGACCCAGCGGCUUCCUCCCCCCCCCUCCCCCUUGCCCCAGAUGAGAGACGUGGUGGGGGCCGCCACGGCCGGGCAGACCUACUACCGCAGCUGCAUGGACAGCACCGUGAAGUACAUGAACUUCUACAAGAUCCCCAGGUCCGUGCAGAACCGCGUCAAGACCUGGUACGAGUACACCUGGCACUCCCAAGGCAUGCUGGAUGAGUCGGAGCUGAUGGUGCAGCUUCCAGACAAGAUGCGGCUGGACCUGGCCAUCGACGUGAACUACGACAUCGUCAGCAAAGUGGCGCUCUUCCAGGGCUGUGACCGGCAGAUGAUCUUUGACAUGCUCAAGCGGCUGCGCUCUGUCGUCUACCUGCCCAAUGACUACGUGUGCAAGAAGGGGGAGAUAGGGCGGGAGAUGUACAUCAUCCAGGCGGGGCAGGUGCAGGUCUUGGGCGGCCCUGACGGGAAGUCCGUGCUGGUGACACUGAGAGCUGGAUCCGUAUUCGGAGAAAUAAGCCUGCUGGCGGUCGGAGGCGGGAAUCGGCGCACGGCCAACGUGGUGGCCCACGGCUUCACCAACCUCUUCAUUCUGGACAAGAAGGACCUGAAUGAAAUUCUGGUGCAUUAUCCCGAGUCUCAGAAGUUGCUCCGGAAGAAGGCCAGGCGCAUGCUGAAGAGUAACAGCAAGCCCAAGGAGAAGAGCGUGCUCAUCCUCCCUCCGCGGGCCGGCACCCCCAAGCUCUUCAAUGCCGCCCUGGCCGCAGCGGGGAAGAUGGGCGCCAGGGGGGCGAAAGGCGGCCAGCUGGCCCACCUCAGGGCUCGGCUCAAAGAGCUGGCUGCGCUGGAGGCGGCUGCCAAACAGCAGCAGCUGCUGGAACAGGCCAAGAGCUCGGAAGACGCGGCGGGAGAGGUGGGCUCUGCCGCCCCCGACCAGCCUGCGCCCCAGGAACCCCCGGCCCCAGGCUCUCAGCCACCCGCCUCGCCAGGGGGUACCGAGAAGGAGGCAGCUGGUCCCCAGGAGGAGCAUUCGGUGCGGAUCCGCGUGAGCCCCGGCCUGGACCCUGGCGAACAGAUCCUGUCGGUGGAGGUCCCGGAGGAGAAGAAAGAGGCAGAAUGAGGGGCCCACCCCCACCCCGCCCAGCAGCCAAGAGGCUGGUCCACAGUGGUGGCCUGGGUGGCCCUCAGCUAACUGCUGGCCCUCAUUCCUGCUCCCACACCAGCUUCUCCCGGGCUGGUCUUGACGUCAACAACUUUCCUAGUGUCCCUAAGUCCCACCGUCACCUGAGAACCCUGCCUCCCUUGACUAAUAUUUUCAAGGACAAAUAUAUUUUUUUCUAAUUUGCAAGUUCAUAGGCAGAGGCUAGAAUGGGGCUUUAACACCAGGGGACACUUUGCUGGAGGUCAAGGGUUUUGAAUGUUGGGGGUUUCCCUUCAGGAAUCUGUCUUCCACGUUCCAAGGACAGGAACUGUCCAGCAGAAAGGUGGGCAGUUGUUACUGUCCUUUUUUAUUUUAUGAAUUUUUUAAAAUAUAUUUUUUAUUGAUUUCAGAGAGGAAGAGAGAG